ACACAAUGGAGUCGGACAUACAUAGACCCACAGACAGUAUAUAGACAUGACUGGCUUGAAUUCUAGCCCGACGCCUUUGAAAGCACUAGCUAGUUUGUAUAACGUUACCGAUAUUAUGAAAUAACCGUACAGCGAACAGUGGCGGUGAUACCGCCCACAGACGACUUGACUUGAAAGUAAAAGAGUGCUGAGUAACAGUGGUGUUCGCAAUGUGUGCUGUAUCAGUGCUGCUGUCUUUUUUUCCAUACCAGUGCUACUUCUGACUAUCCUCUGCUUUUUUUUUCUACCCCUUUGUCUGAAAGAACAGGGAAAUAGAAACCGUCCGGUGAGUUCGACCUUGCAAUGUUAGCACAGAGCACAGGGCCCUUCACCCAGUUAAACCAACGCACAGUUAAAGAAACAGUGACUUUUAACGUAAAUGUUGCUUAUCAUCCGAAAAAGAGCUGUAACGCAAUAGCGCGAAUCGCAUAACGCAGAUUACCACCAAGGAAAAUGUCAGAGGUCAACAUACCAAAGCGAAAAGAGAAGUGUGAGAACUGCACCAAACAGUGCAACAAGAAAAAGAGUGAUGAAGGUGCCAACGCCCACCAGGAGAGAGAUGAAGUCAAUGGACAGGAGCAUGAAGGUUCCCAGUUGCUGCUGAGUGCCUGUCUGUCCUGUGAUGGCUGUCUGUCAGAAGAGGAGAGCCUGAAGAUCUCUCAGCAGAGUCUGGAGGAAGUGGAGCGGGUUCUGGCACUCAAUCAGAAGUGUGACGUGUCAAAGCACAAGGUACUGGUAGCGUCGGUUUGUCCGCAGUCUCUGCCUUUCUUUGCUGUCAAGUUUGGGCUGGACAUCACCGAGGCUGCCCACAAACUCUGUGCCUUCCUCAAGAGUUUAGGAGUGCAGUAUGUGUUCGACACCACCCUGGCAGCAGGCUUCAGCAUCUUGGAGAGUCAGAAGGAGUUCGUUCAGAGGUUUCGAAGGAGGCACCACGAUUCCCACGCCUUGCCCAUGUUCACCUCCUCCUGCCCAGGGUGGAUCCGCUAUUCCGAGCGUGUCCUGGGCAGUUUGGUCACCCCUCAUAUCUGCACAGCCAGGUCUCCUCAGCAGAUCAUGGGCUGUCUCGUCAAAGACUACUUCUCUAAACAGCAGAAGCUGAGUCCAGAGAAAGUCUACCACGUGAUAGUGGCUCCCUGCUUUGAUAAGAAGCUGGAAGCUGUCAGAGAGGAGUUUUACAACAGCCUGCUGGAGACCAGAGAUGUGGACUGUGUCCUCACCUCAGGGGAGAUCUAUUACCUGAUGGAGCAGAGGAAGGUUUCAGUGGAAGAGCUGGACUCGGUACCACUGGACCAUGUGUUGGGAGAGACCGGAGACGCAGCGCUGGUGAGACACGAGGGCCGAGGUUCUGAAGGCUUCCUGGAACACGUCUUCAAACAUGCUGCCAAAGAGCUCUUUGGUCUGGACGUCCACGAGAUCACAUACAAGACCCUCAGGAACCGGGACUUCCAAGAAGUGACCCUGGAGCGGGACGGGGAGACUCUGCUGCAGUUUGCUGCUGUUUACGGGUUCAGGAACAUCCAGACUCUGGUUCACCGAAUGAGGAAGGGACGUGUGCCUUACCAGCUGGUGGAGGUGCUGUCCUGCCCAGGAGGGUGCUUGAGUGGCCGCGGUCAGGCAGCCAGCGACGCAGAAGGCCGGCUAGACAAAGCCCUGGUCCAGCAGAUGGAGGAGGUCUACAGCAGCCUGCCGGUCCGUCUCCCGGAGGUCAACCCCACCCUUCACACCCUGUAUCAGGACUGGCUGCAGGGCCAGGACUCCCCGCAGGCCGGCACACUCCUGCACACCCAGUUCAGAAGUCCGAUCCACACACAGCCUCCACACAUGCAGUGGUGACGAGAAACAGCCUGUGUCUCUUUUAAGACAUGAUCAAAGUGUAAUUGUUGGGGUGGGGGGGGGCGGGGCGCUUGGGCCAUCUCAUCAUUGCUGGCACCAUGAAGGACAAGCCAAGGGCCAGGCUGCCAAAGUAUCAAUUGGUGCAAUUCUUCCUUUAGGCCACAGGGGGUGAUGUCUGUCUAUUUAAUAUUGGUGGAUCUCCUGUGCCAAACCCUGAGUCUGAGGAGAAAUGAAGAUCCAGAUUCCAAAAAAGCAAACCGGUCUACAUUUUAUUCAGAGCGAAGUAGUGAUGUCAAUUAGCUGUGUUUAAUAAAAAAAUACAGGUAAAGGAUCAGGGGGUGGCUUGAUCUGCGAGCUGUUCUGAGAAAUGAAUCAAGAAACCACUCCUGUCAUCUUAAAGGCAGGGUUGGUAAUGUUGAAAAGCAAGACCCUCCUCCCGAGCGCUGUGGAGGAAGGUCUGGAGAAGCGAGACUAGCAAACACCUAAUAAUAUAAUACCGGAUGUUU